AUGCUGGUCCAUCGUCCAACAAUGAAAUCGCGUGGCUCAGCUAGCAGGUUUCAGUGCGGCGCAGCCCAAUCCUUCACGCCUGAGCUUGUCUGGACACGAUCAGCGAGUGCAAAAGCGAGAUCCUGGGAAACGGGCCGAUCCACAAGGCGGAAGAACGGCCUAUCAAAGGGCCCUGGAGUCUUGGGCGACAAGCGAAGGAACAGGCCGAGUUCCAGGCCUUCAUCACUCCGCCAAGACGCUACUGCAGCCCUUCAUCAGCUGGUCGACGACCUCUUCUUUGGGAAACAUGGGGAGCCCAACCAAGAACCAGGAAUAACCAAUCGCCAUCGAGCAUGGCAGCCAGCAAGCGGAGAGCGUUUCACCGACUGUCCCAGCCAAACGAGCCAGCAAGAUUUCCCCUCAAGCGAGACCAUACGCUUUGAUUUGCGUUGCACAGCCACGCCCCGCUUGAACUGA